AACAGCGCUUUGCUGUUCGCUGAGAGUAGGCUUACGGUUGAGAGGCAAGAAUUUGGCCAACAGUUGCUGCAAGCCUUUUAUAAUUGUGUAAUUGUUGUGUGAGAAGGCCGGAAUUACAGAGAGUUGUUAAAGCAACGCAAAUAUGCACGCACAUGAUGCAGUAUUAGACCAUAAACACACCAUAAUGAAACUAAAGCAGAAUCCCGGACAUAUUCUCAAGUUUAGAAAUCCCGGCCGGACGCUUUAAUAUCAGUUAUGAAUAUUGCCUAUACAUGCUGAUGAAGAAAAAUACUUCUUGUUGAUAAUGUAAUUUAAUAAAUUCUGAAUUGUACAUAUCCCCUGAGAUAUGUUGCCUGAUUAGGAGAAGGAAAAAGUUUGGGGGUGAAGCUUGUCUAGGGCAUCAACUGCAAAAUACACAUAUUCUCAAUAUUGUGGGUUGCCUUUUUUAUUAGAUCUAGUAGAAAUCAGAAUUUAGGCUGCCAAAAAAUACAACAAAAGGCAUAAAUAACUCUAGUAAAUCCUUCCUGUCUUUUAGGAUACACCUUUGUUGUUGUUUUUUUUUACUUAAAGUAUGUACAUGUCCAUGGUUUUGGAAUGGUAUGUCCAACAAGCUCAUAUAGGUGUGGUGGUCAGGGCAUACAGUGUAUUUGCAUAGGAUUCACAUCCAUUAAAUAUUUCCAUAUUACACUAAUAUCUAAUAACUAAUAACAUUUCUGAGACACCAUUAAGUAAAGUAUUAGUCUAAACGACCUGCUGCUGGAGUUUUCUCAUUGUGUACAUUGUGUACAGCAUUGUGUCCCCUUUUUUGUGUUGUUUAGUAGGGUUGAGGUCAGGGGUCUGUGCAGGCCACUGGGGUACAUCCACACCAAACUCACCAAAGCAUAUCUUUAAGGUCCUUGCUUUGUGCACAGGGGCAUUGUCAUGCUGGAACAGAAACGCACCAUCCCCCAAAUUGUUGCCACAAAGUUAGAAACAUACAAUUGUCUUAAAUGUCUUUGUAUGUUGUAUCAUUAACAUUACUCUUCACUGGAACUAAGAGUCCUAGCCCAAGCCCUGGAAAAACAGCCUCAGGAACAGCAUAUACGCUUUGGAAACAUAUAGUAGUAACUCUGGAUGGUGUGAUCAUUGAUUCCAGUGUCCAGUCCAUGAUGUGUUCCCACACACAGUGUUCCCAGAGUAAGGGAAUAUCUUUUGGAAGAAUGGUGUUUCAUCCCUCCAGUACACUUCCAGAGACUUUUGGAAGCCAUGUGAAGGCACAUUGAACCUGUUCUGGAGGCUGUUGAUGGCCCCAUGUUUUCUUUAUUAAUUUUUAAGUAAACCUUAACCAUACAGAGACAUAUAGUAUAAGACAGUAGUGGCUGCAACAGUAAAAACAGGAAAUGAAAUACCACUAUUGAUCAGAGUAGAUGUGCUUGAACACAUACAUAUAGAGGACACGGGCUAUCUGGGCAGAAUCCGUGAACAGACUACAAACUCAGUACCAAGUACAAAACAUCUUACCAGGGCAGAUUCAAGGAGGCUCGGUAAAAUGAAAGGAAACUGGAACUGGAGCUGUAACAGUACGUUUCAAAAAGAAGUGUUACCUCCCAUCUACGGUGUGGAGAUGUGUGUGGCGCUGGUGGGGAACAUACUGGCGCUGUGGCUGCUUGUGACUAAGGAGAAGAAGAACUGGCACACAGGAGUGGUGUUCUCCUGCAACCUGGUCAUCAGUGAUAUCUUUUACGCCCUCACUCUGCCCCUUCUUAUCGACAACUAUUCAAGAGGUCGACAGUGGAUAUUUGGUGAUGCUGUCUGCAAAAUAGAGCGCUUUCUCUUCACCUGUAACCUUUACGUCAGCAUUUACUUCAUCAUGUGCAUCAGUGUUAAUAGAUACCUGGCCAUCGUUCAACCAAUCUUCAUGCGCAAACACAUUCGCCCAAAACACGCCAAGAUCAUCAGUGUGUUCGUCUGGAUCUUUGUGGCAAGCAUUUCAUCUCCAAUUCUCUACUUUUCAGGUGUCAACAGGGACAGAUGUUUCAUAUUUGCAAAUCUAGAUAAAAAAUCAAACCUAAAGUCUACCUACAGGGUGUUUAUGGUUGUUAUAGGCUGCUUGGUCCCAUUUGUAGUUACUUUUGCAUCAUAUUUUGGUGUAAUAAUGGCUGUUUUAAAAAAUGCAAAUAUCACUUCACUCCAGAAGAAAAAAGUGGCUCUGAUUAUUGGAUUAGUCUGUGUCUUGUACACUGUGUCUUUUGUCCCCUAUCACAUUCUACAGAUAGUGAACUUUAAACUGAGAGAAGAAGGCAAGACUAAUUGUUAUGUGCGUAAUGGAUACCAAGUGUCAAAGGCAUUAGCUUGUCUGAACAUGUGCCUCAAUCCCAUCCUGUAUAUGGCUGUGUCUGACAGUAUCAGGGCAGUGUGCUGUACAAGGACCUCAAAUGUAUCAAACUUACAAAUCACAGUUGGAGAACACUCGUCAAAAAACCUUGAAUUGAAAUCCAGAAACUGAGAUUGCAAACUAUUUUCUUUUCCUUCAAACAUUUGUGUUGAUUUGGAUGUAUGUUUGGGGUCAUUAUCAUAUUGAAAAAUUCAUCUAUUGGCAAAUUUUACCCUUCUGGAAGAGGCAACCAUGUUUUGGGCUAAUAAUGUUACUGUAGUUAAUAAAACUGAUAAUACACUCAACACUCACAAGUUGUUAAACAGCCCUAAAAGAUUAAUGUUGUGACUCCAUAUUUUAUUUUACAGUGGGUUUGGGGGAUUGUGCUUGUAUGCAUUUGCUAUUGUCACCAAACCUUUAUUUUGGUCUAAUCUAAACUGAUUCCAGUCCUAUAUAUUUUUUUUACUUAGAAAUAGAAUAAAAUAAUUCAAUAAGUUUAUUAGUGCAUGCUGAGGGAUUUAUUUUAUGUUCUGAAUACAACAGUCUAAUUGUAUUUCUCAACAUCUAGUUUA